AUGUGGGGAAAAAUAACCUCUCAUAUUGGAGUAUGGUUUGGAUUAGAGGAGACGGAACGACCAAUGAGGGCAUCAUGCUCAUUAUCAAUGAUACAUCAUCCACAAUUAACAACUAUCACCACAAUGUCUCCCCAACGAAUUCAGGACGUCGACGGCUCGCCGAGCACCCGGAAGUCAUCUUCAAUUUUCACACUUCGUCGUAGUCGAAAUAAGGAAAAGAAAUACAAGACGAAUGGAUCCAAACAAUCUCCGCUCUCCAAAAAUGGCAGCACCGAGAUGACACAGUCGUGGCACUCGAGCCAGGUCAACGGAACGACGUCUUCAGGGUCCGGAAGCACUCCCGAGCAUCAUAAUAAGAAUAUUUUUAGUUUUUUGAGCCGCCAAUCCCGCUCUCGCUCGAACAACCCAUCAGAAACCCUUUCCACAACCAAAACCUCGCCAUCCACAAUGCCACCUCCACCAUCGAGUAGUACGGUGGCCGACUUUACGCAUCUUCGAAAACGUCGGCCACGGUCGGCUCACUACGAUCCGAAUACGAUAACGUUGCCGGCGAAAGAGGAAGUGACGCCACAGGAUGUAAACGACUUGUAUAGAAGAAUCGAGAAGCUGGGCGAGGGAUCUUAUGCGACAGUUUAUAAGUGCGAGUCAAAACUGGACGGAUCCAUCGUGGCGCUGAAAGAGAUCAAACUCCAAUUCCAAGAGGGUCUUCCAUUCACAGCGAUCCGUGAAGCGUCGCUUCUCAGAAACCUCCGUCACGCCAACAUUGUAUCCCUCCACGACAUCUUCUACCAACACCAUCAACUCACAUUCGUGUUCGAGUACAUGAAAAUGGACCUGAGCAAGUAUUUGGAGCAAAAUGUGUACGGAUUGGAUAGUAUCGAUAUCAAACUGCUGCUGUUUCAACUCUUGAGAGGUCUCGAUUUUUGUCAUAGGAAAAAGAUUUUGCACAGAGACCUAAAACCCCAAAACCUGUUGCUAGACGAUGAUGGUGUCCUGAAGCUGGCAGAUUUUGGUUUAGCCAGAGCAAAAUCGGUGCCUAGCCGAACGUAUUCUCAUGAAGUGGUUACGCUAUGGUAUCGUCCGCCGGAUGUGCUCAUGGGAAGUACCGAUUACUCGACUUCACUGGAUAUGUGGGGCGUCGGAUGUAUAUUCGCCGAGAUUUGUACCGGGACCGCGCUGUUCCCGGGAUCCAAAGAUUCGCAUUAUCCAGGAACCAAGGACCAGCUGGAUAUGAUUUUCAGUAUUCGUGGCGUGCCGGAUGAGAAGAAAUGGCCAGAGGUCAAAAAUCUGCCGGCGUACCAGCCAGAACUAUUCCCCAGAUAUCGGGAGUUGUCGUUCAUCGCAGUGAAUCCAAUGUUCACAAAGAUACUGAAAACUGGACAGGAAUUGUUGGGAAUGUUGUUGCAGCUCCGCCCCGAAUCCCGAGUCUCAGCUGCCAGUGCGAUGCUCCACCCGUAUUUCGCCUCGUUCCCCCGGGAAAUCCAUCUUUUGGCACCAAAUCAAUCAAUAUUCCGUCUGAGAGAACUUCGAGAUCUUCGAUCAUUAUAA